AGGAAGGAGGAGGGCAUUGAGGAAGAAGGCAGGGAGUAUCAAUGACAUCAACCAGCAGUAUCUGAGGCCGCCCGACCAGCAAUGCUCUCCCGACAAAAGGGCUGAGGAGCAGCCGUGACCCGCUGCGCUCCCGAGAGGUCGGUCGACAUCCAGGACGGUGGAACGGGGGCACCGGCGAUGUGUGCAUGCAUCCUCCACAAAGACAGACCUUUUUCUGAGUGGAGCCCUGCUGCCACUGGAUUACAUUUAUCCUUGCUGUUUCCGGGGAAGCUUCCAGCUGCAAAUCCACCCACAUGAAUCUACCAGACAGAAAAGAAGACGGAGCACUUCCUACCAAGAGUGCCUAUCCCUGUUGAGUGAAGCCCUUCCCGUAUCUCUGUCGUCUCCAACCGGCCCACGGUGGUGCCUGCCAUGCCUCUGCCCAGGACAGGUGGGGCUCUAGCCCAGUCCAGGAGGCCUAUCCUGGGGCUCAGCCUUAGCCCCUCUCCCUUGUGUAUGCUGCUACCGUUGAUUAUCCUGCUAACCAGCCCUUUGAGCAGCCUGUGUGGAGCAUUAGCAUCCACAAAGUUCACCAAGAUUCCCACAGACCAGAUCGGAGUGUCAGGGGGCGUGGCAUCAUUUGUGUGCCAGGCCACUGGAAAUCCCAAGCCUGCCGUCUACUGGAACAAGAAGGGCAAGAAGGUCAACUCCCAGCGUAUCGAGACCAUAGAGUUUGAUGAGGGUGCAGGUGCUGUGCUGAGGAUCCAGCCACUCAGAGCACCCCGAGAUGAGAACAUCUACGAGUGUGUGGCACGCAACAGUGAAGGAGAGGUGUCUGUCACUGCAAAGCUGGCCAUUAUCAGAGAGGACCUGUUGCCAUUCGGUUUCCCCAGUAUAGACAUGGGUCCCCAGCUGAAGGUGGUGGAGCGGACGAGGACGGCAACCAUGCUGUGCGCUGCCAGCGGCAUCCCCGACCCAGAGAUCUCCUGGUUCAAAGACUUCCUGCCUGUCGACCCCAGCACCAGCCAGGGUCGCAUCAAACAGCUCCGAUCAGGAGCGUUACAGAUUGAGAACAGCGAGGAAACGGACCAAGGGAAGUACGAGUGCGUGGCCACCAAUUCUCAAGGCGUGCGCUACUCCUCCCCCGCAAACCUAUAUGUGCGAGGAGCGACAGACACAUUGCGCCGUGUGCCCCCUCGUUUCUCCAUCCUCCCCUCCAACCACGAGAUCAUGCCGGGAGGGAGCGUCAACAUCACCUGUGUGGCUGUGGGUUCACCCAUGCCCUACGUCAAGUGGAUGCUGGGCAGCGAGGACCUGACCCCCGAGGAUGAAAUGCCAAUUGGCCGGAACGUGCUGGAACUCAACGGUGUCCGGGAGUCUGCGAACUACACCUGUGUGGCCAUGAGUAGCCUGGGUAUCAUCGAGGCCACGGCUCAGGUCUUAGUCAAGACUUUGCCAAAGCCUCCUGGUACACCCAUCGUCACGGAGACCACCGCCACUAGUGUGACCAUCACCUGGGACUCCGGCAACCCCGACCCCGUCUCCUACUACAUCAUCCAGUACCGAGCCAAAGGGCCGGACAGCAAGUACGAGACUGUGGACAGCAUCACCACCACACGCUACAGCAUCGGAGGACUGUAUCCCAACACCGAGUAUGAAAUCCGAGUGUCGGCCUUCAACAGCAUCGGCCAGGGGCCCCCAUCUACGCGUGUGGAGGCUCGGACUGGAGAGCAGGCCCCGGCCAGCCCUCCCCGAAACGUCCAGGCUCACAUUAUCUCUCAGAACACUGUGAUGGUCCGCUGGGAGGAGCCGGAGGAACCCAAUGGACAGGUGAAAGGCUACCGUGUGUACUACACCAUGGACCCGUCCCGCCCUAUGAAUGAGUGGCAGAUUCAUAACGUCCAGGACAGCGUGAUCACCACCAUUCAGAGCCUCGUAACCUCAGAAACAUACACCAUCCAAGUCCUGGCCUUCACCUCUGUAGGGGACGGACCCUUCUCAGACCCUGUCCAUGUUAAAGUCAUGCCUGGAGUCCCAGGCCAGCCAGGGAAGUUUAAAGUCGGUAAGGUGACAGACACCAGCAUAGAGCUGACCUGGGAACCUGCUUACACCAAGGAGGGAAUUGUCAACUAUGAGCUGCUCUACAAACCUGUCAAGUUUGGCAGUUUGGAGAAGCUGACCUUCGGGCCCAGGAAUUCUUACACGGUGGAGGGGCUGAAAGCGAACACAGAGUACUCCUUCUCCCUGGCUGCCAUCUCAAACAAAGGCAUCGGCGCUUUCACUAAUGAACUGGUGCAGAGGACGUCACAAGCCAAUGUGCCGAGGAAUUUUUCUGUUAAUCUGGCCACUAAAACCAGUGUUCUUCUGACGUGGGAGUUUCCAGAGAGCAGCAAUCCCUAUCGCUUCACUGUGGAGUAUAACCGCCAGAAGAUGGAGGUGGAUGCUCGUCUGAGAAAGGCAGUCAUCCCAAACCUUCAGGCCGACACCAGCUACGACUUCAAGAUCACCGCUCCCGAGGGCAACAUGGGAGGCCUUCGCCACCGCAUCACCGCCAAGACCUCACCGCCAAUCACUAUCCGCCGCCCUGAGAUCGAUCACACCCGUGACACCGAGACCACCGUCACCAUAAUCCUGCCAUCGCUGGAGAAUCGCACUCCUGUCAAGAAUGUUUAUGUUGUUGUGGUUCCGCUGAGGAGAGCCCGCGGCGUCAUCAGACACCUCAAGAGCCCAGAUGAAAUGGACCUAGAGGAGCUGUUAAAAGACAUCAGUCAAAGGCAGAGGGAUUCUCGGCAGCAGAAGCAGGUGGACUUGCGCCGGGCUUACAUCACAGCCCGUUUCACACCUGCCACCCUACCGGCCUUCUUCACCCUGGGGGACCAGCUGGACUACGGAGGUUUUGAGAAUCGAGCUCUAGAGCCGGGGCAGGAGUACGUCUUCUUCAUCCUGGCUGAGCUCAACUCCACAACUGGGAAAAUGUACGUGGCCAGCCCUUACACAGACCCAGUGAUUGCCCCAGAUUCAGACCCUCAGCCCCUCGACGCAGGUGAUGGUCUGAUCUGGGUAGUGGGACCUGUCCUGGCUGUGGUCUUCAUCAUCUGCAUUGUCAUCGCCAUCCUCCUUUACAAAAACAGCAAACCUGACAGCAAGCGCAAGGACUCUGAACCCGGAACCAAGAGCCUUUUGAGUAACGCAGAGAUGAUGGCCCAUCACCCAACAGACCCUGUGGAGAUGAGACGCAUCAACUUCCAGACUCCCGGAAUGAUGAGCCAUCCUCCCAUCCCCAUCAGCGAGCUGGCUGAGCACAUAGAGCUGCUGAAAGCAAACGACAACCUCAGACUCUCCCAGGAGUACGAGUCCAUCGACCCAAGUCAGCAGUUCACCUGGGAACAUUCAAACCUGGAGGUCAACAAGCCCAAAAACCGCUACGCUAAUGUGAUAGCGUACGACCACACCAGAGUCAUCCUGGCUCCCAUAGAAGGUAUCCUGGGGAGCGACUACAUCAACGCCAACUACAUUGAUGGCUACAGGAAGCAGAAUGCCUACAUUGCUACCCAGGGGCCCCUGGCGGAGACAUUUGGGGACUUCUGGAGGAUGGUGUGGGAGCAGCGGGCCGCUUCUGUCGUCAUGAUGACACGCCUGGAGGAGAAGUCACGGAUAAAGUGUGAUCAGUAUUGGCCGAGCCGCGGCACAGAGACAUACGGGAUGAUUCAGGUCACCCUGUUGGACACAAUGGAGCUGGCCACUUUCUGUGUUCGCACCUUUUCCCUGCAUAAGAGUGGCAGCAGUGAGCGGCGAGAGGUGCGUCAGUUCCAGUUCACAGCCUGGCCAGAUCACGGUGUGCCAGAGUAUCCCACCCCCUUCCUCAACUUCCUCCGCAGGGUCAAAGCCUGUAACCCUCCUGAUGCUGGACCCAUCAUCGCUCACUGCAGUGCUGGGGUCGGGCGCACUGGCUGUUUCAUCGUCAUCGAUGCCAUGCUGGAGCGCAUUCGACACGAGCGCACCGUGGACAUCUACGGUCACGUGACCCUGAUGCGCUCACAGAGGAACUACAUGGUGCAGACGGAGGACCAGUACAGCUUCAUCCACGAGGCCCUGCUGGAGGCUGUGGCCUGCGGCAACACCGAGGUGGCCGCCAGGAGUCUGUACUCCUACAUGCAGAAGCUGUCCAAGGUGGAGAGUGGAGAGCACGUCACCGGCAUGGAGCUGGAGUUUAAGCGACUUGCUAACACCAAAGCCCACACGUCCCGGUUCGUCACAGCCAACCUGCCUUGCAACAAAUUCAAGAACCGACUGGUCAACAUCAUGCCCUAUGAAACCACCCGCGUCUGCCUCCAGCCAAUCAGAGGCCUGGAGGGCUCCGACUACAUCAACGCCAGUUACAUAGAUGGAUACAGGCAGCAGAGAGGCUACAUCGCCACCCAGGGUCCACUGGCCGAGACUACGGAGGACUUCUGGAGGAUGCUGUGGGAGCACAACUCCACCAUAGUGGUCAUGCUCACUAAACUGAGAGAAAUGGGGCGGGAGAAGUGUCACCAGUACUGGCCUGCCGAGCGCUCAGCCAGGUACCAGUACUUCGUGGUGGACCCCAUGGCAGAGUACAACAUGCCUCAAUACAUCCUGCGGGAGUUCAAAGUUACAGAUGCCAGGGACGGCCAGUCUCGGACAGUGCGUCAGUUCCAGUUCACUGAUUGGCCAGAGCAAGGCGUGCCCAAAUCGGGGGAGGGCUUCAUUGAUUUCAUUGGCCAAGUGCACAAAACCAAGGAGCAGUUUGGUCAGGAUGGACCAAUCAGCGUUCACUGCAGUGCUGGCGUGGGACGGACAGGUGUCUUCAUCACUCUGAGUAUUGUCCUGGAGAGGAUGCGUUACGAAGGGGCAGUGGACAUCUUCCAGACUGUCAAAAUGCUGCGGACACAGAGACCAGCCAUGGUGCAGACUGAGGACGAAUACCAGUUCUGUUACCAGGCUGCUCUGGAGUACCUGGGUAGCUUUGACCACUAUGCAACGUAAGUGAAGAGACAACUUAUCCAUCCAUCUUUCUGCUUCGAGGUCCACAAACAAACCAACAAGAGAAACAAGAGAACGACAGUCUGAAAUUACAUGAACAUUGAACCUUUUCCGGGAGAGAGAUUCUACACCAACAAGGACAAAAAGCAAAAACAAAAACAGCAACAAGAAAUCUGUGUCUAACAGCACCCACACUCAUCAGACCCUCCCCCGAGGAGCUGGUGGGUGUGGAGACUAUCCAUGUGUAAUCCAUAUACUUACCUCAGUGUUCCAGUGUGAAGGACGUAUAAUACAUGUGUGUUGUGGUCAGCUAUCUCCAAUAUGAACCAGUGAAAUACAAAUGGCUUCUGAACAGGAAUUAUGAUACUAUAUGUGUAUAAAAUAUAAAAAGAUUUAAAAAAAAACAAAACAAAAAAAAAACAUUUAAAAACACAAAGAGCCUGGAUAUUUGCUGCACCCUAAAUGGGCUUUUUAUCCUCAACUUUGUAUCUAUUGGUUUGGUGUACUAAGGGGUUACAAAGUGCAAAGGUGAACAUUUCUAUGUGUCUGUCCACUGCUACCACAGGUAGUCCUGGCUAUAGUUUAAAGCAGAUGACUAGGUUAUGCCUCAGCAGAAGCCUACAGUGCGGACUCACCACCCUGAGGACUGUUGGAGAAGCAUGUGGAUGCUCAUUUACCCAACGCACAGUGCCAAGAGAAACCAUGCAGCGUGAACAUGAACUGUGGCCUACAGGGAGAGAUGGCUCCGUCUUUCAUCCAGCAUUAACAUGAAGUCAGACUAGAGACCGCUCUUAAACGCUGGCCAAGGAUCAGUUCACACUCACCCAGUUGUGUCCUCACUGCAUAACAGCUGGCCUCAGAACAGUGAUUAGAGUCCAUCAUAGCCUCAACUGGGCUUAGAUUUGUAGCCCAGUGCAUUCUUCAUUCAACAAAGCUUGCUUGCUAUUUGCUGUAGUCCUUGUUCAUCCUCUAGCUCAGAUUCUCUUGAUGUCAGUCCCAUUGUGUCAGUUCAACAGUGGCUUAUUGAAGGAGAUGCUAAUGAAAGAAUUGAGCUCCAGUCCCUUUCUUUCUUGAAUUCUCGGCCCAUUUUUGCAGAUUUUUCUGUGUUUUUACUGUAUGUCUUUGCCUUAUGCCGACUUAUUUCUUGUGUUUUAACAUGCUGCCUAAUACUCAUGCAUUGUGUGCUAAACUUUUAUUGUCAAACAGUAUCUUAACUUGAGGAUGAAAGUUGUUUCCUGAUCAUCUUCCGCUGAAGCUUACCUACUUGAAUUGCGCCACUUUGCGGUUAAAUCACUGAUAUUUUGCUAUUUCAAGCAAUGAAAGAUAACGAGAGAAAUCCAAAAAACAUUCAGCGCAAGUGGUGAAUUGUUCACAUUCAACAAUCCUUUCCCCUUCCCCACUUCCAUAUAAACUCCAUUAAAACUCUCUGUCCCUAAAUCACACUGUACAGAACAUCCCAACUUAACUAAUUGAUGUUUUCCCCUCUGUCUAACUCCAGUACAGCUGCACAAGUCCUUGAUAUCGAUAUAUAUCUUUUCUUGAUUUGACAUAUAAUCAUAAUUGGUCCCACGUGGUGAUUGAAGAGCACAGCAAUGUUCCAGUGUAUCAGACAUCUCGGACGAUUUCACAAUUUUGUACAUACAGUCUUAUCACUGGAGUCCUAUACAGUACAGUUACAUACGUCUGAGCACAAGAUAUAACAUGGGAUUGGAUGUGAUGUAGUUUUAUUGUCGCAAAAAAAAGCCUUAUUGUUAUCGUUCACUUUGUCAUAUUUAUUUCAUAUGAUUUUUUAAAAUAUUUAUUAUUCUAUUUUGUUACUUUUUACGUUUGUUUUUAUUUACUUAUUUGGGAUAUCUAGCAACUAUAACCUAUAAAAUGUUGUUUACUUGUUUCUUUGGCGAGCCAAUGUUAAAGUAUGAUAUUGUCACUGUUUGUUUUUUAUUUUUAAUGGUCAGUUUUGGUGCUUUUUUAUUUGCUUUAUUAUUAUAAAGUAUGCCCUCUGUGUAGGGUGCUAUUUGAUACUGAUUACUGAUGUCCGAUUAGUUAGCUAGAGAUGUACAUUAGAGGCAGACAUAGUUUAAGUUUACAGUGAUGCCCUUUUAAUGCCCUCCCCUGCUCGACCUCCAUAGCAACAACAGCGGUGUGAUCAUAGUAUGAUCCACCCCACCGUGAUAGGUUUAAGGGCAUCAGAGAAAUUAGAUUUAUAGAGCAGACUUAUUGGUGAAAACCUCUGACAAGCUGUUGGUAUUUAGUUUGCUCGAGAGCACAUGGUAGCAAGUGUAUUUUUGACAGAGAAUGGGUAAGAGUCGCCCGGCUACACACACCUUCAAAGUUAUUGUUUAAAUCUGAAAUUAUUCUGAUAUGAACUUUAUGUGUGGUACAGAAGUCUUGAUGAUGUGUGACAUAUAUGAAAUAUGUUAUUCCUUCAAUUUCUAAUGAUUAUUGUGUCAAGAGAAAUGUAAAAGGCACACACAUGAAGCAUAAUAUGAAAUGUGUUGAGGGCCAGCUCUGAUGAUGCCAUCCCCCUCACUUAUGUACCUGUUCUUUCCUUUCAAAUCAUGGAUGUAGAUAUUGUAUCUUGACUUUGUAUUAAAAGCAGGAUGAUUGGAUAUACAGCACAAUGAA